AUGCACCACCAACCACCACCACCGUACCGCAAGAUCGAAAACGACGACUACAAGACCGACAGACAAAGCAGCUUGGAACCUCCCAGCAUCCAGGACACUUUGACGUUGACUGCGGCCGCAGCUGCGGCAUGGAUCACUGGUGCAGCAUAUAUUGAAUACGUCUAUUACGGUGUUCAAGAACAGAUACACAAGUACAUCUACGAGCUUCUAGCUCUGCCGUUCACCAUUAUCGUCCUAGGUGCUUAUGCCUACGUAUGCACUUUAUACCUUGCCCAACGAUAUCCUACAGUCACGAAGUAUAUACUCGGGCUCCCUAUACCUAUGGCAUACGUAUCAACGAUAUUGCUGAUGGCUACCUUCAUGGAAGUAGGACUGGAUAUGAUGUUCACCAUUAUGCCGGUGGGUUUCAUCAUUUCUUUCUUUGUAUUUGCAGGAUGUCGCCACAUUAUGUCGCAAACCAGAGUACCAUCUCUGGUAUGA